AUUUUGUUGUCGAAUAAAAAUGACUAGAAUCGCCGACGGUAACUACACUUCUGUCAUUUACACAUUGGUAAUAUCGUGAAACGAAAAAAAUUUACUUACAAUCAUUUUACGUUAUUUUGUCUCGACGGUAAAUAAUUUAUACACAAUUAUUUAAUGUGGAUGUUUCUGUUGUUGCGUAGAUAAAAGAAAAGCUGUACAACGAUGUUGUCGAAAUCAUCAACACUAUGCCGGAUAACAAAAAAAAUGCAAACGAGACCAGGCUUAUCGCUUUUGGCGUACUGCUAUUAUUAUACAGACGAUUUCCACAAUGCGUCCAUUGUCUACGAACAGCUGGCCACCCUUUGGCCACAAGAAACUGAUUACAGGAUACAUUACGCUCAGUCGCUCUACUCGGCCGGACGAUACGAAGAGGCACUACGAGUGACGGCAGCAAUCGCAGUGAAAGGUUACGAAAACAAAGUGUGCAAGUUGACUGCUGCGAUACGAUACGGUAUGGAAGACGUUGCCGGCGCAAGAUCAUUUUUGGAAAGCAAUUCCGGCCUCAAAGACGACCCAGACACGGACAUAAAUUACGGAUGUCUCCUGUAUAAGGAAGACCGGUACGAAGAAGCGUUGGAGAAGUUCUUAAACGCCCAAGUGAUGUUGGGCUACAAACCUCAUUUGUCGUAUAGCGUGGCGUUGUGCUACUACAAGUUGAAAGAUUUCACUUCAGCCUUAAAACACAUUGGCGACAUUAUCGAAAGAGGCAUAAGAGAACAUCCCGAACUCGGCAUCGGCAUGACCACCGAAGGGAUCGAGGUGAGAAGUGUCGGCAACACUUUGACGUUACACGAAUCGGCGUUGGUGGAAGCUUUCAACUUGAAAGCGGCUAUUCAGUUUGAAAAAAAUGACAUCGACAGCGCACGAGAAGCGUUAACCGAUAUGCCGCCUCGAUGGGAAGAAGAACUGGAUUCGGUCACCUUACACAAUCAGGCGUUGUGCUCGAUGGACACGUCGCCCACUCAAGGAUUUCACAAGCUCCAGUUUCUCUUGCAGCAGUCUACGUACCCGCAGGAGACGUUGCAGAACCUGUUGAUAUUGUACUGCAAACACGGUUACCACGAUCUGGCCUCCGACGUGUUAGCGACAUACUCUCCGGUCAAAGACAAACACCUAUCGUCGUAUAUCCGUGAGUUUGUGGACGCCGUCAUUGCCCAGCAAUCGUCGUCGGACGAAGCGUACCGUAAGUUGGACAACAUGGCCAACAAACUGUCGGACGCUUUGCGCAAGGCCACGAGGUCCGUGCAAGAGUCUAGGGAAACCCGAGACGACAGGGGAGCGAAAAAAGCGUUGCUCGAUUACGAAUACACUCUGGAAAAAUUCAUACCGGUCACCAUGGCUCAAGCAAAGAUCUACUGGGAUCUAGAAAACUACUCGCAAGCGGAAACCAUAUUUUAUAAAUCCGUCGAGUUCUGUAACGAAAACGAUACGUGGCGUUUGCACGUCGCCCACGUUCUGUUCAUGCAAGAGAAAUUCAAAGAGGCGAUCGCAUUCUACGAACCCAUUGUGAAAAAAAAUCACAACAAUAUACUGUCUGUGAGCGCUAUCGUCUUGGCCAAUCUGUGCGUUUCCCAUAUAAUGACUGCGCAAAACGAAGAAGCCGAAGAGCUAAUGAGAAAAAUCGAAAAAGAAGAGGAACGGUUGUACUAUCAGGAACCCGAAAAGAAAGUCUAUCAUCUGUGCAUCGUCAAUUUAGUCAUCGGAACACUGUACUGUUCUAAAGGCAACUACGAAUUUGGCAUUUCCAGAGUGAUUAAAAGCUUGGAACCUUACAAUAAAAAACUUGGCAUGGACACGUGGUUUUAUGCGAAACGAUGCAUGUUGUCGUUGAUUGAGAACAUGGCUAAACAUGUUGUAGUUAUGCGAGACUCGUUUUACAAUGAAUGUUUGGUGUUUUUGGAUCAAUGCGAACUCCACGGCAAAGAGGUCGGUACGAUGCCGGAGGAAGAGUCGACGGACAAGAAAGAAUUGAACAGUGUUACGUGCGAAGCGAGACUCUUAAAAUCACUUCUCCUUCGAUUACUGGAAUAUUGAAAAACAAUUCUUGUUAUGUAUUUUUUUUCCAAUUAUCAUCUGUCCAGAUGAUUACACUGCUUUACAAAGUUUAUAAUGUAUC